ACGAGGAACGAAAUAAACUUUUGAGUAAUGUGUUUGGCAACGGAACCUCGGGAGGUUGGGUUGCUGGUGGAGCAGGAAGAGAAAGAGAAGGCACCUGCUAGGACACGUGACCAGAAGACACAGAUCUAUUUGACGCAGGCUCGGAGAGGCGGCGUGAACAUGCCAAGUGCAUGACCAGCUUUCAUGAAAGCCAGCAGAGAAACAAAGCGCCUUUUUGUGGGUGGCCUUAGCCAAGCCAUUUCUAAGACAGACCUGCAAAAUCAGUUCAGCAGAUUUGGAGAAGUUUCUGAUGUGGAGAUCAUCACAAGAAAAGAUGACCAAGGAAAUGCACAGAAAGUCUUUGCAUAUGUUAACAUCAGAGUUGCAGAAGCAGACCUGAAAAAAUGUAUGUCCAUUUUAAACAAAACAAAAUGGAAAGGUGGAACACUACAAAUUCAGCUAGCAAAAGAAAGCUUUUUACACAGAUUGGCCCAAGAGAGAGAAGAAGCAAAAGCAAGGAAAGAAAAAUCAACAACAGGCAACACCAACUGGUUGGGAACGGUGGGAGGGGUGGAUUUCCAUAUGAAAGCUGUGCCAGGGACAGAAGUACCAGGGCACAAGAAUUGGGUUGUCAGUAAAUUCGGAAGAGUCUUACCUGUUCUUCACCUUAAGAAUCAACAUAAGCAUAAAAUCAUGAAAUAUGAUCCAUCAAAAUACUGCCACAACCUAAAGAAGAUAGGGGAGGAUUUCACAGAUACCGUUCCUGUGACUAGCCUGACUUGGAAAUUGGAAGGAGGCGAUGACCCAAUGAGUAAGAAACGGCGAGGCGAGUUCGCUGACUUUCACGGUCCUCCCAAGAAGAUCAGGACAGUACAGAAGUUCCAGGGUUCCACUGUGCAUCCAAGGACCAACGGGGCAGUGGAGAAUAAUGGAUCACCACAACAACGAGCUGCACAAAAAGCACCUCCCAAUUCUAUUACUUUUCCUAAGUCACACCCCAUACCUGAUUCUGAUGCUCAAAAACCUAAAAAUAUACCUUGUCAGACUUCUGGAUUGGAAACUGUCAGGAAGAUAAAUAGCAUGUCUGAUGAUGAUAUCGAUUCUGAAGAUGAACUAAGAAUCAUGAUUGCAAAAGAGGAAAAGUUACAGAGAAGCUCAAGGUCCUCCAUCCGUGAAUCUGAAAAUGAUGCCUUUGAAGUUGUAAGGGAUGACUUCAAACCAGAAGUUCAUAAACGUCAUUCUGCAUCAAGUCAGUGCAUGAAUGAUGUCUCUCACAAUGUUAGUGACAAUAUUAUGGGGAGUGAUUGUGAGUAUGAUUCAGGUGAUACAGAUGAAAUAAUUGCAAUGAAUAAAAACAGUGGUAAGGUAAAAAACAGUACAGAAUUCUCCCAAACAGAAAAACCUACACACAAGAACUCUUUCAAAAAGAAAGAGUUGUCCAAUCAUUGUAAUAAAGUACAACGAAAUAAAAACAGCCAGGAGUCAGCCCUCAGGCAUGCAGUAAAGCCUCUUAAUCAUAAAUCGCCAUCUGGUUCCAGCAGCAGUGACAGUGAGGAGUCUGAAGGAGAUGAGGAAUAUGAAACCAUGAUUAAAAACUGUCCCCGAGUUAACCUCACUUUGGCUGAUUUGGAAGAGCUGGCGGCCAGUAACCUGGAGGCUCCAGAAGCUGCUGAGGGCCGUGACCCACAAAGUAAAACAACCUGCCAGUUGAAUGGAGCGUCUAAGACUCCCCGUGGCAGCUAUCCAGGCAAACAGUGCAUUUGUCCUGAGGAGAUUCUAGCUUCCCUUUUAAAGGAAGAAAACACCUAUGGUAAACAGAAACCAAAGGAAGAUGAGAACAAGCCAAAAUUUCAGGCAUUCAAGGGAAUAGGCUGUCUCUACAGAAAGGAAUCCGUGAAAAAAACUUUGAAUGUUGCCUCAAAUAAUAUUAGUGAAAAACAGAGUCCCUUGAAACAUGGGGAUUCCAACAGCGUUUCCUUAGAAAAUGGCCUCCCACGUGCUAAUGGCUCACCGAGCACACUAACUGCAUGGCAACACACCAAGAAGAUGAAUGGCCCAAAUCACAUUCAGCCUCAAAGACAGUUUGUUCAUGAGACUCGAGAUCAUAAGGUGCUCUCCCCAAGUAGUUCAGACAAAGAAGGUGGAAAUCUCGUUUCUAGUCUGUUGCCAUUAAAAGGUAAGAAAUCCUUAAGUCUUGGUUCAAAGAUUCACAAGGUAGGGUUUGAUGAGGAUAGUUGCCAUGGUACCCAACAGAGAGAAGAGUCUUCAGAGGAAGAGGAGUCUGAUUCCAGCGGCCUCACAGCUCCUGGGGACCCACCAAGACGCUCCCCCAGAGAGGACCCUCGGGAGAGCACAGCUGACUUCUCACUUUCUGUUAGUAAUUCAUCGGGUAUGGCUGCUCAGGCCAAGCCUGCCGAAGAUAACCAGAAGCGUUUGGCAGCCGUGGAGGCCAGGCAGAAAGCAAAAGAAGCGCAGAAGAAGCUGGUGCACAAUGCACUGGCAAAUUUAGAUGGACCUCCACAGGACAGGUCUACACACAUCGUAUUUGGUUCCGACAGUGAAAAUGAAAUCGAGGAGACAUCCAUGCAGGAGCAAAACCUACCAGGAGAACAGCUGAUAAAAGAGCCCAUGGCUAAAGCAUCCGGGAAGCUGUUUGACAGUGACGAGGAUAAGGAAUCGGAUUCUGAAGACGACGGUGACAGAUUCAGAAUUAAACCUCAGUUUGAGGGCAGAGCUGGACAGAAGCUCAUGGAUUUACAGUUGCACUUUGGCAGUGACGAUAGAUUCCGCAUGGACUCAAGAUUUCUAGAGAGUGACAGCGAAGAGGAACAGGAAGAGGUCAAUGAAAAAACAGCUGAGGAAGAAGAGCUUGCUUCAGAAAAAAAGAAAGCUCUGAAUGUUAUGCAAAAUGUUUUGAACAUCAAUGUAAACAACACUACAAGCAAAGGACCUGUAGCGGCUAAGAAAUUUAAGGACAUCAUACAUUAUGAUCCAACAAGGCAUGACCACGUCACUUAUGAAAGAACAAAAGAUGAAAAACCAAAAGAAAGCAAAGCAAAACGGAAGAAGAAAAGGGAGGAAGCUGAGAAGCUACCUGAAGUAUCUAAAGAUAUGUAUUAUAACAUUGCUACGGAUUUGAAAGAAAUAUUCCAGGCUACGAAAGAUACUGGUGAAAAGGAAGACAGUGCAUCUCAGCACAAGGCCUGUGGCAUGGAGGAGGGCGAGGAAGAGGAGGAGAAGGAGGAAGUCCAUAGUGCUGCAGCCCUGAGGAGAGAGGCCGAGCCGCCCAACGGGUUCAUGUUCUCUUUUUUUGAUUCAGACUCUAAAGAUGUAAAAGAAGAAACCUAUAAAGCUGAAACGGUGAAACCUGGGAAGAUUGUUUGGCAAGGAGACCCGCGGUUCCAAGACAGCAGUUCUGAGGAAGAAGAUGUUCCUGAAGAAACGGCUAACCCAAAACCCAGCCCUGAAAAAGUGUCGUUUCUUGAAAAAGAGAACACUAGAUUUUUCUUUUUCUCUAAGAAUGAUGAAAGACUCCACGGUUCUGACCUGUUCUGGAGUGGCGUGGGAGGUAAUAUUAGUAAAAGUUCUUGGGAAGCGCGAGCAAACAGCUUGCUUAUGGAUUGUCGGAAGAAACAUAAAGAAGCAAAAAGGAAAGUUAAACAAAAAUAAUAAAUAUCACCAUUGCUUUUGAAACUGAAUGUGAUCAGGGCUCACCAGGAAAUUGAACUGAAAGAUUUUCAGCUCACAAAGGACAUUUCAGAGCAGAGAAUAUUCAAAAUCUGGUUGCUGGAAUAUCAUUUUGGUUGCCAUGUUUUUCUGUGGAAUUCCUUUGUAUUUUGUCCUUCGUAAUUAAUUCAAAACAUUAAGCUAUUCCUGGCAAGCUCAAGAUUCUAAAUUUGAUUCCCAGUACCAAAGCAGGGGAUAAGAAAAUUAAGCUAAGCCUGGCAUGGUGAAACACAUCUAUAGUCUUAGCAUUCAGGAGGCUGACAUGGACAGAUCAUUGGAUCCCAGGAACCUGAGACCAGGCUGGGCAGUAUAGCAAGAGCUUAUCUUGGGAAAGAAAAAAAAAUCAAACUGAACUUUUAAAAAAUGAAGUCCAACAUAGUCCCAAAGUAUUUCUUGUACAUAAUCUCUUUAUCCCCCAUCUUUAAUAAGUAAUGGACAUAAUUUAAGCUGGGCAUGCCCAGAACCCCAGCACUCAGGAGGCUGAGGCAGGAGGAUCAUUACAAGUUUGAAACCAGCCUGCAUAGUAAGACCCUGUCUCAAAGAGACAAAACAAAAAAACAAGUAAUGGGGGGAGGGGCCUGGAGAUUUAGCUCAGCGGCAUAAGCGCCUGCAAGCAGGCAGUCAUGAGUUCAAUCCCCGGUACCAAUAAAAAGGAGAAAGACAAAAAAAAAAAAAAAUUAAAAAAAAAAAAAAACAAGUAAUGGGCAUAUUGUGAUGCAAGUUUUAUAAAAACCUUCAAUAAACAGUUUGAUCCACUUGUGUUUUCCAAAGUAGGCUUUGUGUGAAUUAAACUGUUAGAAUAUUUCCAAUUGUACCUCACCUCCGUGUUACGCUUUUUGUUUCAAAGGAUGAAGGCUAGGCAGCUUCGAGUGCAGUGCUUGUGUCCUGAUGAAAAGCCAACUGCAAUGCAGGGAAUUGCAGGCCAGUGUCAUGUAAGAGUUCUCCAAGGAUCAGGAAAGGAAGCCAAAUACAGAGUGUCCCUGUUGAUGGCCUUAGGGAUUUAGGGAGCAACAUAAACAACCAGGUCAUCAAUCCUAAAAUUCUAGUUAAAUGACGAGCUUAUGAAAAAUACCAAAUUUCUGAAAUUUCAAAUUCAGUAGUUAGACCCCAAGUCCAGAGAGGGAAUCAAAUUUAGUAUUUCACUAAAUAAACACACCCAAGAUUUAAGGCAGAUAGGUCUAUCGAAAUCAGCUCUGGAUGAAAUGCAUGUGACACAGGAUGUUCCAAGGAGUAUUAUCAAGCCAGAACAUGCAUAUCUGAACUUGCCUUUGUAUAUGUUGAUUUACAUCUUGCUUGACUACAAUGGUAUAAAGGCUUACUAGCCGACCACUUCCCAGUUGCCUAGAUCUGUGUCUGGUACAUAUCAGGUGCUCAGUAUAUACUGUAUGUUUUUUAGUAAAUAGGUACAAGGAACUAAGUAGCUUAAAAAAUCAUUCUCAAGGGUUGGGGAUAUAGCUCAGCAGCUCAAGCACCUGCCUGACAAACAAGGUCGUGAGUUCGAGCCCCAGUACAAAAAAAAAAAAAAAAAUCAGUUCCAUUGUCUCUGGAUUCAAACCUCAGAAUGGGAACAACUACUCAGCAGGAUAAACACUUGAAUAACUUCAGCUCUUUCUACCUCUUUUUUUUUUUAUCGGUACCAAGGAUGAAACUCACAACCGCCUGCUUGCAAGACAGGUGCUUAUGCCGCUGAGCUAAAUCCCCAGCCCCCUUUCUACCUCUUGAUAUAAAUUACCUUUAUACUUGAUCUGUUGCUUCAUAGCAAAUUGUGCCACUAACAUUUAUUUUCCUCACAAAUACAUGAUUUGGUCAGACUCAGAACUAUA